AUGGAAGAAACAAACCAGACUCUGGUGCCUGAAUUUAUUUUUCAGGGACUUUGUACCUCAAGGGACGUGCAGAUCUUCCUCCUGCUGCCAUUUUCCACCCUCUACCUGAUGACUGUGGUAGGCAACCUCUUUGUGGUGAUUUUAAUCAUCACUGAUCAUCAUCUUCAUUCUCCUAUGUACUUCCUGUUAGCCAAUCUCUCAUUUGUUGACUUCUGCCUUUCCUCAGUUACUACCCCCAAACUGAUCACAGAUCUCAUACAAGAAAAUAAAACAAUUUCCUUUUGCGGCUGCAUGAGCCAGAUCCUCUGUGUGCAUUUCUUUGGAGGGGGUGAGAUGGUGCUUCUUGUAACAAUGGCCUAUGACCGUUAUGUGGCCAUCUGUAGGCCACUCCACUACACCAGCAUCAUGGACAGACAGAAGUGCAUCUGGCUCGUUUUAAUAUCAUGGAUCAUUGGAUUUGUGCAUGGCGUCAGUCAACUGAUCUUGAUUUUGGAGCUACCUUUCUGUGGACCUAGAGUGAUAGACAGCUUUUUCUGUGAUAUUCCUUUGGUGUUGAAAUUAGCCUGCAUGAAUACCGAUAAUCUGGGAAUCAUGAUAAAUGCUGACAGUGGUGUUUUAGCAACAACUUGCUUCCUUCUCUUGCUGAUAUCAUAUAUUUACAUUCUAUUAACUGUUAGGCUUCACUCUAAAGAUGGUUCAUCAAAGGCACUCUCUACCUGUACCUCCCAUAUUAUAGUAGUUGUGCUAUUCUUUGGUCCUGUUAUUUUCAUCUAUCUGUGGCCUGUCAGUAUCACUUGGGUGGACAAGUUUCUUGCUGUAUUUUACUCAGUCAUCACACCUCUCUUGAAUCCAGCCAUCUAUACAUUAAGAAAUAAAGAUAUCAAGAAUGCCAUAAAAAAGCUGAUUAAUCACAUGUCAGUUUUGGAAUAA